AUGGUCUCUCAGGAUGGGGCCGCAGAUGAGAAGUCAGAGCCGCCGAAGGGCGAAGAAGACUUUGAAACGCUAAAGUAUCAGUUGCUGGGACCCUCUUUAACCAAAGCGGGCCAGGACGCAGUUGAUCAGCAAAAGGUAUCAGAAAUUAUCUACAAUGCCUCCAAAGGAUCGAAAUUCUUUGAUCAUGAACAAGAACGCGACCGCAAUCUUACAGUCAAGAUUCAGCGUAUCCUCAAAGAAAAAGCUCGGUUGGAAAAGCUGGACUUGAGUCAUGACCUCCGCAAAGCAGAUGAGUAUCUUGCCGAGCUUGAAUUGACUCGUGAUCUAUCCCAAUAUAUCAUCCAUGUGGAUUGCGAUGCUUUCUUCGCGGCCGUCGAGGAACUCGACCGUCCAGAGCUAAAGACGGUUCCCAUGGCUGUUGGAAAAGGUGUGCUCACUACCUGCAACUACGAGGCGAGAAAAUUUGGAGUACGCAGUGGCAUGGCCUCCUUCGUGGCGAAGAAGCUUUGUCCGGAGCUGGUCCUCCUCCCACAAAACUACGAAAAAUACACGGCCAAGGCGAAGGAGAUUCGCGAAAUUAUGGCACAGUACGACCCUUUGUUUGAGAGUGCCAGCAUUGACGAGGCCUAUCUAAAUAUUACCGCGUUUUGUUCAGAAAAUGAACUCGACCCGGAGGAAGCCGUACAACGUAUGCGCGCGGAGAUUCUGGAGAAUACAAAGGUUUCAGUGUCUGCUGGAAUUGCCGCCAACGCCAAAAUAGCAAAGAUAUGCUCCAACAAAAACAAGCCGAACGGACAAUUCCGAGUGCCCAAUGAACGGGCUGCGAUCAUGGAGUUUAUGCGAGAGCUACCAGUUCGCAAGGUUAAUGGAGUCGGUCGAGUAUUCGAACGAGAGCUGGAUUCGAUUGGCAUCAAAACGUGUGGAGACAUCUAUCCACAGCGUGCUUUAUUGACCAAACUAUUUGGCGAAAAAGCAUUCCAAUUUCUAGCUCAGUGCUACCUCGGUCUCGGACGGACGAAGAUUGAGCCCGUUGAGACCCACGAACGAAAGAGUGUAAGUACGGAGACUACAUUUCAUGCCAUCGACGACAAGGAAGAGCUCCGAAAGAAGCUGCGCUGGGCAGCAGACGAGCUAGCUCAAGAUCUAGCUCGAACGCAAUUCAAAGGUCGCACACUUUGCUUGAAAGUGAAACUUCACACAUUUGAAGUUCUCACUCGACAAACGGCGCCGCCACGGGCUGUGUACCGAGCAAAUGACCUUUAUGCCUUCGCCUUGCCCAUGCUGGCCAAAUUGGAGAAGGAAAUCCCGGGCAUGAAGCUGCGACUCUUGGGGUUGCGAGUAUCAAACUUGGUCAGCACUAAGAAAGUCGGGAUCAACUUCUUUGGGGUGCCGGUGCAGACAAAGUCUAUCCCAGUUCAGACUCCCGACCCAAGUGCACAAUUGUCCGACGCUAAUGCAGAGCACGAUAUUGGAGCUGAAGAGGCCUUCGAGAACGCUGCUCGCCAAGAAAAGCAAGAUGAGAUGAAUGACUUGGAGCAAUUAAGUCAAGAGGCAGCUGGCCUUUCUAUGACUCCAGACCCUCCAGGUACUGGCAGUACCGAGACCAACGAGAAUUUUCCAGUGGAAUCGGUUGACCUCCAAGCUGAGCAGUGGGAGUGUCCCAUCUGUGGACGACCGCAAGUCGCCGAUGAUCGAGUCUUCAACGAUCAUGUGGAUUUUUGUCUUUCCAAGCAAACCAUUCGUGAAGUCGCCCAAGAUACUUUCCACGAAGUCUCCUCGAUACCUUCCAACAAGAAGCGCAAAACACCAGCUCAGCAGUCAUCUGCAGACUUUGACCCACGGCAGAAACGACUUUUCUUUAAUUGA